AUGCCAGUGGUGUCGCAUCCGAGAACAAGCAACUACAGCAGAGGGAACGGGCAAAACCAUCGUCAAAAUGGUUACGAAAGCAGUAAUAGGUAUAGUAGUUAUUCCCGUCGCGGCAACGGAUAUGACACUGGUCGCGGCGGUUAUGACGCUGGUCGCGGUGGGUAUGACGCUAGUCGCGGUGGAUAUGACGGUGGUCGCGGUGGAUAUGACGUUGGUCGCGGUGGAUAUGACAGUGGUCGCGGUGGAUAUGAUAGUAGUCGCGGGUAUAACGGAUACAGCAGUCGUGGAAGAAGCCAGCGGCUAGACCUGAAAGUUAGCAAUUUACAACCAAAUGCUACUUUGGCUGAAUUGAGAGAAUUUUUCUCGGGCUACGGUCACUUGGAGAAAAUCACUAUGGACACGCGAGAAUUGGGCACUGUUUUCACCGGGACAGUAUACCUUUUGUACAGACCGCCACCGGAAACGGAAUUUUGGAAACAGACCCCGAGAUUUCAUGGCAAGCAGUUGCGCAUAGAGAUCACAUCGCCACCCAGAUAUGAAAACGAGCAAAAUUUCUCAAGAGAACGCAGAAAUGAUUUCCUACAGGCCAAGUCUUUGGAAAUGGGUUUAUUCGUUCAACAAGACACCUUCGUUAAAGAGUGGAAAACAGACAAUGACGUAAAGUUUAAGCUAAACUACUCAAGGCGCAGUCUUGAAGCCGAAUUUGGUUUUAUUAAGGGGAACAACGGCAAGACAUAUCGGUUUCGACUCGAAACUUACUUUAAUGACGUUGAUGGUGAUUUCCAAACAGAACUCGAUACACAGAACGAGCAGGCGCGCGCCGUAACUACAAUACGAACGAAAUUCCCACCAAAAUUAUCCUUCCUGAAUGAGAAACUAGAGACGAGGAAUCAGUUUGAAUGGAAUUCAAUGGAGUGUUGGCAGAGGAUGACCGCCGUCCGGGUAGGGAAACCUAGCGAUGAAGAGCUCCAGCAGCCGACGAUGCCAUCGUAUCCAAACGCUACAGGCGAAGAACUUGGCAGAUGGUACGCGUACAGGAUUACGUUCAUUCUUGACAAGUUUAGAGGAGUCGGCAAGCUCAAGGAAAUGUUAUUAAGGGCUGCCGAGUUUAAUCUUGUAUCAAGAGAAGCGAUGUUUUCCGGGCAUAUAAAUAUUGUCGAUGGAAGCAAUAUGAAAAAAUAUGUUGAUAGGUCAAUGCUGGACUUUGAUGUACUUUAUAUGUUGGAAUGUAUUAUUACACACGGUUUCAUGCACGACUACAAUCUCAACGAUGAGUUCAUGGAAGAGCUUCAUGCUCUAAAGAAAGAGGCAGCUCUUGCCAUUUUAGAGAAAUUCUAUCAACGCAAGACGAGAAUUUAUAAUCCUCUCGAACAAUUGAGGAAUGAAAUUUCUAAACUUCGAGGGGGUGACAAGCAAGAGACGGUGCCCUCGUACUGUGUCAUGAUGCGAAAGGUUGUCAUUACCCCUUCCAAAAUGUACAUAUUACCGCCAACUAUGGAGACAAGCAAUAGAACAAUCAGAUAUUUUAAAGAUCACAAAGAACGUUUCCUAAGAGUUCAAUUCAAUGACGAAAAUGGAAAACUUCCAUCGGCUAAUGGAGAUAACCAUGUCUCAGCUUUCAAUAGGGUUCAUUUUACUCUCGUGAACGGGAUUCAGAUUGGAAAUAGAAAGUACGAAUUUUUGGCCUUCUCUUCAAGUCAGUUACGAGAUCGUUCUUGCUGGUUCUUUGCCCCCACAGAUAAAUUAAGCGCUGAUGACAUACGCAAGUGGAUGGGGAAUUUAAGUGGCAUCAAAGUAGUGGCAAAAUACGCUGCACGCAUGGGACAAUGCUUUUCGAGUACUCGCGCAGUGACUCAUCUACCUGUGAGCGAUAUUCAAACCAUCGAUGAUAUUACGAGAAAUGGAUACAAUUUCUCCGAUGGUUGUGGAAAGAUAUCACCAGCGCUAUGCCAACAAAUUGCUGAAGUUCUCGAUCUAAAAAGCACCCCUUCUGCUGUACAAUUCCGUCUGGGUGGGUACAAAGGUGUUUUAUGCAUGUCUCCAUAUGUUCGAGAGAAACAAAUCCAAGUUCGACCGAGUCAACGCAAGUUUGACUCACCGCAUACCGAGCUGGAAGUCAUAAGAGCGUCGACAUUUUUGCCUGCGUAUCUGAACAGGCAAGCCAUUACCCUCUUGUCCACUCUCAAGGUCCCCGAUGAAGUAUUCAUGGAGAUGAGAGAUGCGCAAGUAGAAGAUCUUGAUCGCAUGCUUCAAAGUGAACAUAGUGCUAUGCAGGUACUGUUACGGUACAUUGACGAAUGGGGUGUCUCACGUCGACUAGCUGAUAUGGUCAGAGCGGGUUUCAUGCGACAACAGGAUCCUUGGUUAGCCAAUUUAUUAUCACUGUUUCGUACCUCGUGUCUUCGUGAUCUCAAAAAUAAAGCGAAGAUAUUUGUCGACGAGGGAGCCUUUCUUUUAGGAGUGGUGGACGAGACUCAUUCACUGAAAGAAGAUGAGAUAUUUGUAUGUAUCUCGGACCCAAAUAACCCUUCCGUGAGGAAUGUGGUAACGGGCACCUGUGUAGUGUUCCGUAACCCUUGUUUCCACCCUGGAGAUGUAAGAGUAGUUACAGCAGUCAAAUGUCCAGAACUCAAACAUUUAGUUGACGUUUUGGUAUUUCCAGCAACUGGGUACAGGGAUUUACCAAACAUGUGUAGUGGAGGUGACCUGGAUGGAGACGACUUUACGGUGAUUUGGGAUAAACGACUAGUACCACCAGAAAAGAAUUUUGCACCCAUGGAAUAUCAAGCGCCAGAGCCGUUUACUGUGGAAAAGGUUACGGUUGAUCAUAUCAAAAGAUUCUUUGUGAAUUACAUUCUCAAUGACAAUCUUGGCCAAAUAGCAAAUGCUCACGUGGCAAAAGCAGAUAAAGAAUCAGUAGGCGCUAUGCAUGGAAACUGUUUGCGACUGGCGCAGUUACAUUCUGAGGCGGUAGACUUUCCUAAAACGGGUGUCCCUGCUGAAUUCCCAAAGGAACUGCGUGUAAGCGAAUAUCCGGAUUUUAUGGAUAAAGCGGAUAAGCCAUCUUAUGAAUCUAAAAAGAUUCUUGGAAAAUUGUACAGAUCCAUACAACUUCAAUCUGUUAACUUUUCCCCGCAGACGGGCCUUAAAUUUGAUCAACGAUUAUUCGUGGAUGGCUAUGAACAGCAUCUGGAAGACGCUCGUCUUACGAAACGUGCAUAUGAUGCAGACGUAAGCGGCCUAAUGAAUCAAUAUGGCGUUGCGACCGAACACGAGGUUGUCAGUGGAUUCAUAGUCAACUCUACCAUAAAGGUAGAGCAAAAGAAGCCGCGUGAAGUACAGAGAGCGGUUAGUGAAGCGAUGACCGCUAUUCGACGCAAUUACCGCAAAAAAUUUGAAAAAGAUAUAUUUGCCGAAUAUUCGGUGAAAUCAGCAGCCGAGGCUAAAAGCCAGGUGGACAUUAAGAGCAAACUAGAAGCUAAGGCUUAUGCUUGGUAUUAUGUUACUUAUCAUCCAAGCGAAAGAGGGGAUGAGGCUUCGGAUGGCAUGAUUUCCUUUCCGUGGACCGUUGAUGACCAUUUAUGUGAUAUUGCCAUUCGCAAUUCUGGCCGAGUCAAAGCUUUAGAAGACGUUUAUCGCGGACCUAGGUCAGUCGUGCAUACGUCGUAUCAGCAGCGACCAUCGUCAAUGAGGCGUAAUGGUAGUAGCAGUACACAGAUAGAAAGAGUUGUGAAUGUCAACAUCCCAGGCGAGGAGCCAGCUAGUGAUGGUGGAAUAUCUAGAAUUCGGAUGUCAUUGCGACGGAACGGAAUCUAG